CGCCUACAUAGUGUGACCUUUACCCUAAUAAUACUCCACUAUAAAUUUAGCCGCCGCACCAUCUCUUCCCUUUCAUUAUUCUUCCUCACCAACUGUUGUUGAACUCCGAAGGGUAAAAGGGCAGCGUGGAGAAUUGAUGGAAUCGCUUGUUCAAACUUCAUCGACGAGUAUUGUAAACCCCAUCGAUUGAAUCGCACUGAGGUCACUGCUCUUCAUCGGGUCCAAGGUUUCAUACAUAAUUUGAGGAAUCUCUAUAUUUUCGGUCACUUUUGCUGCAUCAACCAAGUGUUGUGUCUUAUCUUGACACUCUGAUUCCUACUACUUUUGCUGUUUGGCCGGUGAAAAGGCAGCUUGUUGAAUUGUGAAUCCUUAGGAUCUGUGAAUUGAUUUCUGGAGUCUUUCUCGGCAUGUCUAUGCAAUGACAGUGAACUGAGACGAAGGAGGUUUCAUAGUUCAUACAACUUGAGUGAGAAACGCCAGCGUACUUUAGACUGUGAUUUGGGUGCACAAAUAGUGGUGGUAAAAGAUGGGGAAUAUGUUCGUGAAGAAGCCAAAGAUCACGGAAGUGGACAGAGCAAUUCUUUCCCUCAAAACCCAGAGGCGUAAGCUUGCUCAAUACCAGCAACAAUUAGAUGUUGUGAUUGAAGCUGAAAAACAAGCAGCAAAAGACUUGCUUCGUGAAAAGAAAAAAGAAAGGGCGUUGUUAGCGUUGAAGAAAAAGAAAGUGCAAGAAGGCUUACUGAAGCAAGUUGAUGCAUGGCUUAUGAAUGUUGAGCAGCAACUGGCAGAUGUGGAACUCGCGAGCAAACAAAAAGCAGUAUUUGAGAGUUUGAAAGCUGGACACAAUGCUGUUAAGGCAAUACAAAGCGAAAUCAACUUGGACGAUGUUCAAAAGCUGAUGGAUGAUACUGCUGAGGCUAAAGCUUACCAAGAUGAAAUCAAUGCAAUUCUCGGGGAGAAGCUAUCUGCUGAAGAUGAAGAGGACAUUUUAGCGGAAUUUGAAAAUCUAGAGAGCCAGAUGGCUGUUCACGAUCUACCUGAUGUUCCUUCUGCAACACCAUUGGCAGAAGAGAAGGAUGAGCUGGAUCUUCCAGAUGUACCAUCUAAAGCUCCAUCCAUCCGCGACGAAGUGGCUGAAUCUCCUGCUAGCAAAAAAGUACUGGAGGAGCCAUUACCUGCUUGAUGCGAUAAUUUGUAAAUUGCCGGUUGCCCGGGCAUCAUUAUUAUACAUGAUGCUGUCUUGCCAUAAUUACCCCCACACAACUUUUGCUUUGCUUCUACCGUAAUUCUGCCGGUAAGUGUCUGCGGCAUACUUGCCUUAUGCAUUGGAAGUAUGUACAAUAGCUUUUUGUUUAGUCAUUCUGAAGUAAUUCACUCGUACACAAACAUUACAAUCUUUCUUCUUGAGUAAUAGUGAGUAUAUUAUCUUGUAUAUUACUGUAUUGUUGCUUUUGAAUCUUGUUGUUUUGAAUUUUUUGGAUUUUAGGUAUUUUUAAUGAAAAUAAGUUUGGAAUGUUGUGAUGCAUUGAAAUUUGUUUGAAAGAUAAGUAUAGUGUGGAGGAUGACUGUGAUAAUUGGCCAUGGCGCCCGCACAUGUACUUCCUGGUUUUGGAUGAUGUGCAGGCGAUAACCUUGCGCCUAUAUAUUGAAGAGGCGCAAAGACAAAGCCACUUGUGGUUCUGUAAAGGAUGAUUUGGUGAUAACUUGUUUAAACUUAGACGCCCUCGUAUCAUCCUG